GUGAAGCAUAAGGAAGUCUCAAACCUGUGCGCUAACUGCUCUAUGUCUGCUCCUGAGUUUCCCACACUGACCAAACCAUGUUGUCAAGAAAUAUUUUAAUUGCUUCUGUGGUUGUGCUAAUGGCAACAACAAUGUCUGCUGCUCCUGUGGAAGAGAAAGAGCCUGAGGAGAUAGAGAUUGAGGUAGAGGACGGCGAAGAGGAACUCUCUGAAGAGGAGGAGGAUGAGGAUGACUCCAAGAGUCAGGAAAACAAUAUGGGAAUUGGAGCACAGCAAGCUACCACAGAAUCAAAAGGCUUGGGUCUUAAACUGAAUGGGAAUGAUUCCAUACAAGUUGUCAUCGGCUCAUCCAGCAGUACCUCAAUAUCAGAAGGAAGUCGUGCUAGUGAUGGUGCUGAUGGGGGAAGAGAUCCACAUGCUUCACCUUCUGACUCCAACCACCAUGAUGCUUCUUCAUUUGGACAGCCAGGUUCCUCUUUAGAUUCCAGUAUCGCAGGUCCCCCUUUGGAUUCUAAUCCAGCAGGUGCAGGAGCUCAGGAUAGUUCAGUGUCAAACGCACAGGCCUCAGGCUCAACAGGACAAGCUGAGGGAGGUUCCCCUCUCAUCGCCAUCCUCGGGCCUCAACCUCAGCCUGCAGGUGGCAACUCUCAGACGUUUGACGCGGCAGCUUCUCAGACAGAAGCUCCAACCAGUGAGACAGAGACGGAUUCCCCUGAGUAUGACACAUCAGAGUUGCCGGAUUCUAACGGUAAUGGUCAGAAGCUGCUGAAUGGAGGAGUGUUAGAUAAUGGACAUGCAGAUAUACCCUUUGUCCACGACGUCAUCAUCGAAGGCACAACUCACGCCGACUCAACAGGUGCUACGGAUCCAUCUGGUGCCAGUUCUCACCUGGACUAUACAGGUAUUAUCGAUCAGUCCAGUCAUGACUUCCUCAUUGGUUUAAUGGGUGGAGUGGUGGAUCCGUUUGGUCCAGAUGUUCAUAUCGACAUCUCAGCUUUGGGCUCAGAUCCAGGACAGUCAAUGUCAUCCAGUAGCAGCCUGGGUCCAAACAUUCCACAAGGCCCAACCGAUUACUCAGAUCCAGAUCAACCCAAUGUAAGCUCAGGUUCUGAUGGAUCUCACAACUCAACGGUCCAUCAUGCUGGUCAAGCCGAUACAACAGAUGCAUCCAUCUCAGACCAUGCAGAUACAAAUGGAAAUGGAAAUGAUCGUCAAAGCCAUGUUGCAGACCCACAUAGAGGUGACCAUCCUGUCACUGACAUGCCCCACGAUGUAACAGGUUUGUCUGACCUAAAAGUUAUGGUGAAAUAUGAAAGCCAGUAG